GUUCCUCGCAUGUUUUGUGAUGCAACUUGGUGUGUGUAGUCGUGUUCAAGGAGUUUGCACUACGUUGUUUGAAGAAAUACCAGAAACACCUAACAUUUGGCUCGUAGCAUAUGCCCAGAGGGGUCUCCCAGUGUGUAGCCUAAUGUCAGAGCUAGUAUUACCAGCUUGGCAACCACCUCUAUACCUGCACUCCUUUUAACCCGUGGAUUGCUGGCUUUGGUUUGUUUUUCACAGCUUUGGAAUAAGUGUGUGUGAGAUGGAGCAGCAGAACCAUUUCAAGCAGCUGUUGCUGCAGCUCAACCAGCAGCGAGCCAAAGGGUACCUGUGUGAUGUCAUCAUCGUGGUGGAGAAUGCGCUGUUCCGCGCCCAUAAGAACGUCCUGGCGGCCAGCAGCGUCUACUUCAAGUCGCUGGUCCCCCACGAUAACCUGAUCAACCUGGACACGGAGAUGGUCAGCCCCUCCGUCUUCAGACAGGUAUUGGACUUCAUCUAUACAGGUCGUCUGUCCAGUUCUGACUCCGUCAGUGAACACAGUGUCUCGUCCCUCCUGACCGCCGCCUCCUACCUCCAGCUGACCGAACUAGCUGCUCUCUGUCGCAGGAAGCUCAAACACAACGGACAGACCCCCUCCAGCGCCGACAAGUUGACCACCUCCCCAACCCCCAAUGGACACACCCCUGGCCCCCUCCGCCUCUCCUCCACCCCCCUCAGAGCAACCCCCAACCACCAGCACCAUAACAACCACUCAGGGUCCAGGAAGGGCAACCUGAGGAACCAGAGAUGGGGCCAGGAGGGGAGGCUGAGAGAGGAUCUCUCUGAGGAGGAGGUGUUUAUUUCGGGCUCGCGGUGUGCUUCCCUCAGCCCCUCUGGAGGAAUUAGGGUUAAUGGGCUGGCUCUAGGACUGGACCUGUCCAAGAGGAGUCCAUCAGGAAGCACCGCCACAGAGGAAGUGUCCCCCAGCAGUCUCCCCCAAAGCUCCUCCCCCCACUCCUCAUCUGUUUCUCCCACUCCUCCCACCACGGCAGAGCCUAGGGAGAACCAGAGGCAGCCUCCAAAUACCUCCACAGACCUCUUGCCUAGGGCCCCUUGCAAGAGACCUCGACCCCACAGAGAGGCCACCAACCUGGGAGAGACGGGCAAGGCACUGUCCAAGGGCCUAGUGAAGAAACCAGGGACACCAGGGCACGAGAAGCUGGUCAGAGGGGAUAGAGUGACCCCAGAGCUGGAGGAUGGAGAGGUGAAUGGAGAGGAGAAUGGCCAGGACCAGAGUGAAGAGAGUGGGCACAGUGGGAGUGAGGGAAGAGGAGGGAAGAGAAAUGGGAACACCAACUAUAUCUACCGUCAGCCCCAGCCAGGGUUUGAGCCAGGUGUAGGGGACAAUCUGUACGUCUGCAUCCCCUGUGGGAAAGGCUUCCCCAGCUCCGAGCAGCUUAACGCCCACGUCGACACACACACCCAGGAUGAAAUCUACCUCGAAGAAGAGGAGGAAGAAGAGGAGGGUGGUGGAUAUCAGAAGGACGAAGACCCGGACGCAGACCCAAAAGUCUAUGCAUCACGGGGGUUGGAGCCUGGCGCUGACGAACCUCGGCAUCGCUGCACCGUCUGCAGUAAGAGUUGCAAGGACGCGGUGUCGCUACGGGAACACGAGAAGAGCCAUUGGCUGAACCGGCCGUUCCCCUGUAACAUCUGUGGCAAGUUGUUCACCCAGCGAGGCACCAUGACCCGCCACAUGAGGAGCCACCUGGGCCUCAAGCCCUUCGCCUGCGAGGAGUGCGGCAUGCGCUUCACACGCCAGUACCGUCUCGCCGAGCACAUGCGGGUCCACUCGGGGGAGAAGCCCUACGAGUGCCAGCUGUGUGGCGGAAAGUUCACCCAGCAACGCAACCUCCUCAGCCAUCUAAAGAUGCACACCUCGCCCCCAUAGAGGACACUUCACCAUGGUUACUGCAGCUGGACCACAGCUAUCUGGACUCUAUUAGGCUGUCUGCCUCAUCUUCAAAUAACUAUCUGGUGUUGCUGUUACCCAUAGUACCUCCUCACCCUUGUAAACACACCUGGGUUCUACCUCAACUUUAGAAACUCACCUUGAAAUGAAUGACCCCACCUUUAUAACCACUCCUCCUGAGUAACUCUGCUCCUUUAUCUCAACCUUCUUAACAACCAUCACCCAUACCUCAACCUUCUUAACAAC